GUUGCGCCAAAGGCGGGAACACUAUCAACAAAGAUAGUAUUUUACAUUGCCAAACUGCUACGUUUAAAUUAUUAUAAAAUGUAUGUCAGUUAAAAUUAUUUACCUCUGUGACUCUGGCAGUUGAUUUAUGACAACUGGUGUUUUUUGAAUGUAUUAAUGCUCUAACUUGGUUACGCACAGAUUGAUGUUGCACAGCUAAUGUAAAGUCGGUGGAGGCUUUCUAAAAGCGACAGCAGCCUCAGAGAAACUUACAUGAUACUCGCUGACCUGCCGCAUUAAGGUGAAAAUGGCUCCCCAUGACUAGUCAGAAUUCAUACUGGUUCCCGGCGGAGUACAUAGACUGCCUUUACUGAUACGCUGAGUUCAUCUGUUAAAGGGUCACCAUGUCUGUGGAAGAAAAGGAAGCCUUCAUUGUCAAGUUUGUGGAAAGUAAAGAACCUAAAAAAGACUACACUGGCAAAGCUUACGAGGCCAUUUUGGAGCUACAGUCUAAAAAGUAUUUGAAAACCAUCACAGAAGAUGAUGUUUUGCAGAUGGAUAAGAAGGACAAGUCUCUGUUUGUGUUCACCAGCUUCACAUCUCCAGCCUUUCUUCACUGCAAGAAGCUUGGCUGCAGAAUAGUGAGUCCGCUGGUGGUGUUGUACUGCCUGCAGCAACAGCGUUGUGUCCCCAAAGCAGAGAAGCCUGUCUAUAGUAUGGCCAUGGCUGAUGUCACUAUUUGCUGCACCAGCAUGGACAGAGCAGUAAGGGACGAGUUGAUGGAUCUGGUGCAGCUCAUGGGUGGACGAGCCUAUUCGGAUCUAAAUGUAUCUGUCACACACCUGAUUGCAGAAGAGGUGGGUAGCAAAAAAUACCUGGUAGCAGCCAGCCUCGGUAAACCCAUCCUGCUGCCAAUGUGGAUCAAAGCGUGCUGGGAGAAAUCACAGGAUAGUCUUUUCAGAUAUACAGACCUGCCCUUAGAGGACUAUCUUUGCCCUGUGCUGCGUGGCUGUACUGUUUGUGUGACAGGUCUGUCCGGUACAGAGCGCAAAGAAGUACAGAGGCUCUGUGAGCAGCAUGGGGCCAACUAUACCGGUCAACUCAAAAUGAAUGAGUGUACACACCUCAUUGUUAAUGAACCAACCGGUCAGAAGUAUGAGUGUGCUCAGAAGUGGAAUGUGUAUUGCGUGUCUCUGCACUGGCUGUUUGACAGCAUAGAGAAGGGCUACUGUCAAGAUGAGAGCAGGUACACUGUGGAGCGCAAUGCCUCAAAGUCCACUCGGCCACACACGUCUACACCUACUGGUACUAGCAAGAAGGACGAGGGCCCAUCACUGUUGGGUUUGAGCAACAUUUCUGUGAACACUAGUAGGACAAUAAAUGACACGGCCCUCACCAGUAACAGCACUGUCAGCCAUCUGGAGGCUCCAGACCCCAUAGAGAGUCUGGAUCUCACCAUGUGCCCUGGUGAUGAGUUAUUGGAUGGCUGUAAGCUGUAUCUGUGUGGCCUGUCAGGGAAGAAACUGGAGAAGCUGAGGCGUCUUGUAAAUGCUGCAGGAGGUCUGCGCUUCAACCAGCCCAGUGAGGAGCUCACUCAUGUGGUCAUGGGCGAGUUCGACCGGGACCUCAAUAAUUUUCUCUCCAAAUCAACUCACAGGCCCCAUGUAGUAACAGUGCAGUGGCUAAUAGACAGCUUCUCAAAGGGCACUCUGCUCCCAGUAGCCAGCUACUUCCACCCCGAAUGUCUGCCUCCUGCUUCAGCUGAUGUAGUGGUGCCAGUCCACCAUACUCCUAAAUCCCGGGUCUCAACUGUUCUGCCUGCUGGCAGCCCGAGCACUCCAGGACAAAAGAAAGCAGAGGAGGAUCUACUGUCACAGUAUAUGGAUGAUGACCCUACAGUGAUUGAUAUGCCACCUCCACCACCAGUAGAGAGUAACAGCAGGAAGUCCAUUAGUACUACUGCAGAGCCCCAACCUGAACCCUGGGUACCAAACCACACAAAUGGGCCAGAGCCAGAGUCCACCCUGCAGGAAGCCAGCGAGGCAGGGCUGUUUUUUGGGAAACGUUUCCUUCUUGUCGGCUUUGGUACUGAGGCUGAGGGACAGCUGGCUCUGCUGGUGACAGAACAUGGAGGCAGAGUGCUGAUGGGCCGUUCCCGGGUUGUGGCAGACUAUGCUGUGGUCCCUCUCUUGGGGUGCUCAGUUGAGGCCACAGUGGACGAGGUGGUCACUGAUACCUGGCUGGCCAUGUGUGUGGAGAAGGAGUGUGUCCUGCAGCUGUCCUCCAACCCUUUGUUUACCCCAGUUCCAGUGAUGGAUGGACGUUUUCCUCUCAAAGAUUGCGUCCUCUCUGUCAGCCAGUUCACUGGAGCAGAGAGGGAGUCUUUGGUGGAGCUGGCCAAGCACCUUGGAGCUGAUGUCCAGGAUUACUUUGUGCGCCUGGCCAACCAGAAGAAAGGCAUGCUGGCCAGCACUCAUCUGGUGCUGCAGAGCCCCGAGGGCACAAAGUACCAGGCAGCAAAGAAGUGGGGGCUUCCUGCUGUUACCAUGCGUUGGAUAUUGGAGUCUGCUCGAACUGGCACGAAAGCAGAGGAGGAAAGAUUUUUAGUUGACCUGCCACCCUCACCAGAGAGAGAUGAAGAAAGUUUUGUCGGGGGUUCCCAGAAACUAACUAUGCCUCCACCAGCUCAUUCAUCUCCUGAAAUCCCUUUGCUGGGUCCCCGGAGUGGUAAGGCUGUCACCCCUCUGGAUUUAGGCCGCUUUCAGAGCAAAGUGUUUCGCUCUGUUUUGGAUGAGAUGUUGCCCAAAAAGGACAUCAACACACCCAAACAAAACCAGGAGGGUGGCAGAAGGAACCCACUUCAGAAGGAGCCCUCCCUGCAGCUGGACACUCCUUCUCGUUUCCUCAACAGAGACCAGCUCUUCAGGCCCUCUUUUAAUGUCAAGGAUGCACUUGGAGCUAUGGAAACUCCAGCUGGGGCAUCAAAGCCAGGAGAGAGGGUUGAGACUCCACUCACUGAUGUCAUCAACAGGAACCUGAAGGUGGCGCUGGCCAAUAGCACGCGCAAUAAUGUCUCAGAAAUGCAGGCAGUCUCUGCUAGUCCCCAGCUUGCAAAGACAGCUGAGAAAGAGAGCCCAGGAAAGGAAGCUGGUCCGCUGAAUGGUGUUGUGAUCUGUGUGGGAAAGAAACUGAGCAAAAUGCAGAGUGAACUGAAUGCCAUCGCUGCCUCGCUUGGAGCUGACUUCAGAUGGGCUUGUGACGAUACAGUGACACACUACAUUUACCAAGGCCGCGUGGGGGACAACACUCGGGAAUACAGAGGAGUGAAGGAGAGAGGGCUGCAUGUGGUCUCCCAGUACUGGCUGCAGGCGUGCGCUGAGGAGCAGAGGCAUGUCCCGGAGUCUCUCUAUCCUUUCACCUACAACCCUAAGAUGAGUCUAAACCUGAGCCAGGUGCCCAGCAACUCUCAGAGGUCACCACCUUUAACACGAACACAACGCAAAGACACCAGGGAGGCAAAGGAAGACGAGUCUGUGCACAAUCCCGCAGAAGAAGCUGAAACCCUACGCCGUGCAAGUGAUGGAAGCACAGACCAAGAAGAGAUGAAUGAUAGCACAGAAAGGAGGGAAACUCAAGAGAUGAGAGAGAACCUGCAAAGACAGUUGCAGGAGAUCAUGUCAGCCACCAAACUGACGACGGGGAGGCGUACCUCAGUGAGGCUCGCUAGGACAGGAUCCGGAGGGGCCAACUCGAGCCCCCACACACCCGAAGGGAGCAGAGCUGGACGCAGCGGUAACAGACGGACUCUAGAAGCUCUGAGGGUUCCUAGAGAAGCAGCUAUGGACAUAAACACAGAGCCGUCUCAGAGUGAACAGAUAGUUUGGGACGACCCUACAGCCAGGGAGGAGAGGGCCAAGCUCGCUGAUAAUUUACAGUGGCCUGGGAGUCCCUCACAGCACUCCGAGCCCCUUGCACCUCCCCCCACUGCAGACAACGGACCGCAGUUGAGGGACUCCAUGACAGACUCAGAGCUGGUGGAGAUGGCUGCUUGUGAUGUCAUUGACCAGCAUAUGAGCAAGAAAAUCACGACCUCUCCUGCAGAGGAGCCAGAAAAUGACAUCCUGACUCCUAAAGCUCCCAGCAUCGCCUUUCCUCUCGCCAAACCCGCAGUAGCACCACAACCACAGGAGAAGAGGAAGGAAGACAAACAGCCACCCAGAUUUCAGAUGUCCUCCCUCAGCCCUCAGGAGCGCAUUGAUUACAGUCACCUCAUAGAGGAGCUUGGCGGUGUAGUCUUGGAUAAGCAAUCUUUCGACCCCAGCUGCACGCACAUCAUCGUAGGGACUCCCCUGCGUAACGAAAAGUAUCUGGCAGCAAUGGCAGCUGGGAAAUGGAUCCUGCAUCGCUCGUACCUGGAGGCGUGUCGCUCUGUGGGUCGCUUCAUUCAGGAGGAUGAGUAUGAGUGGGGCAGCGGCUCCAUCCUGGAUGCGUUGCCGUCUAUCACCUCCCAACAAAAGAGGCUGGCAUUAGCCGCCAUGCGCUGGAGAAAAUGCCUACAGGGACACGUUGAAAACGAGGGAGCCUUCAGUGGAUGGACAGUCAUGCUGAACAUCGACCAGAGCAGAGAAUCAGGAUUCAGGCGGUUGCUGCAGUCUGGCGGGGCGAAGGUUCUUCCCAGUCCCUCCCCGUCCCUGUACAAAGAGGCCACACAUCUCUUUGCAGACUUCAGUCGACUCAAACCCGGAGACUUCAAAGUCGACGUUUCAGAGGCUACCUCACAAGGAGUCACAUGCCUGAAGCCAGAAUACAUUGCAGACUAUCUCAUGCAGGAGCCAACACCACCCAUUGAGCUGUACUACCUGACUGAAGCUCCCUCUGAAGAAGCUCCAGGCACACCGUCACGUAAACGUAAAGCAGCAGCAGACACCUCCAACCUGAAAAAGACCCGUCUGAACUGAAGGGCAACUCCGAAAUAUGCUCAACACUGUGAAAAUGAUUGUAAAAAAAUAUAUAUAUUUUUAUGUCCUGUAUGAAAAUUAAAUAAAUGUAGCACCUGUUUUGUAAUACUGCAUUUUUCAUAGAGUGCCCUGCAGCUGCUGCUUGCACUGAGACUGUGGUUGUGAUGGAUGACUUAAUGAAGGUCUGCAGAAAAUGUUGAGUCACGUUUUGUAAUUGCAUGCAAUGCUACGCUCUAGCCUGUAGAGGGGAGUAGUGCGUCAUCAUUUGCGAGCCUCAGGUGUGAUUUCUCUGCAGCAGAAUGGAAGUCACUGUAGUGCUCUUUUAUUUCUUAUAUAUGUAAUAACUUUACUUACUGUUUAGGGUUAGCCAUAUUUAUGCUUUAUUUGACCCGAGACUUCUACGGUUUUCAAAUGCCCUCUUUAUGAUUGUUUUUUGUUUUUUUUUAACAAAAUAAAACCUAUUUAUUUAUUGAGAAAUCGUUAUACCUAAGGCAGCAAUAUUAAUUUAGAGAGUAGCUGACAGAUUUAGUCAAAUGGACAUGUUCUUGCUCUUCCACUGAUUAUAGACCAUUUGCAUCAUCUGAUGAUCCUCCUGCCCAGUAAACACCAGAUUUUGUUUACUCUGCUGAUGUAGGCCUCUGGUACAGUGAUGUGCUGCUUCAUACCAGGGUGCCAGCUGAGGUUCAAGUCCUCGGUUCUGUCCCAUAAGAUAAGUGGUUUAACCUCAUAAUAGAUAGAGCCUCCCCACAGAUUUGGUAUUUAGAAGUGUGGGGUAAGAGGAGGAACGGGGAAGUGGAGGGAAGCAUGACUCAGACCCCAGAAGGCAUCUUAAGGUCACGCGCAAAGGCUGGCAAGUUUCAAAUUUUACCACCCACAGUAAUUUCUAAAUUUUAAUAGUAACACCCAAACGUUUUGGCACAUAUUUAAUGAAAUUGUGUAUACUUGAGCAUGUCAGUGAGCUGGUUAAACCGGGGACUUCAGUCUUCUUGUGUCCCCAUUUUGAGAUGUUUUACACUUAAAUACUUUCCUCCAGGCAAUGCAUAUAUAUCUUGUACCACUAUUAACUAUAUGCUAGCAUAGUUAUUGUGGUCAUAAAAUAAGACCGCAAAUGCCAGGUGUAUAGAAGACUAAGACUGCCAAAAUUAAAAAAAGGACUUAAAAUAUUAAUAAAGCUAGAAAAUUAGCCAAAAUGAUAAUGUAGGAGGAAGGCAUGCAUAAUCUAUAUCUGCACUGAUGUUGCUCAGUUAAUGAAAUGUUUAUCAACAAGUAACAAUUAUAAUAAUUAAAAAAAUGUUUUUACCAAUGAAAAGCAUAAGUAC